GCCUCGCACCGGCCCGUUGGCCUCGGCGUGACACGUUCCCGGCCGCCAUUGGCCAAGGGCUCCGGUUGUUAUAGCUACGCUGCGGGAAAGGGAAAGGGGGGAGGUUCCCGGAAGCGCGGUGCGCGCUCUGGAGGGCUGUGGCGGCGUGGCGGCCUCUCGCGGGGGUCUCCUCCUCCCUCCAUGGCUCCCUGGGGUCCCGCCGUCGCGCUCUGGCUCGCCCUGCUGGUAGGCCCGGCUCCUGGGCGCGGCGGGGCCAUUGCCGAGGACAGCGAGUGGGUCAAGCUGCCCAGCAAAUGCGAAGGUGAGAAAGGGAAGCCCCCCCCCAAAGAAUGUUAUUGCAGAGCUGUGGGGGAAGGGAGAAAUCGGCGCCUGAGUUUUGAUUUUCCUCAUCCCUCCCUGCUCCUCUUUCCUUUCGUGUCGUGUGAAUUAUUAUUAUUAUUAUUAUUAUUAUUCAUUUAUUACCUUUGCAUGUACAGUACUAUUUUUAACAUUUGAUUGGGAGACGCCCAGAGUGGCUGGGGAGACUCAGCCAGAUGGGCGGAGUAUAAAUAAAUAAUAAUAAUAAUGAUGAUGAUUAUUAUUAUUAUACCGCCCUUCAUCCAGAGAGCUCAGGGUGGUUCACAGCAUCAUCAUCAUAAUAGCAAGAACAGACGCAAAACAAACCAAUAACUCCCACCCCUUCCACAAACACAUUUAAAAAGACAUAGAAUGAUGAUGAUGAAAAGCCUGCAGUUGGGAGCCUUUUUGGAUGAAGGGUGGGGCCACAAAUGCCCAAAAUAAAAUAUAGUGGUACCUCGGGUUAAGUACUUAAUUCGUUCCGGAGGUCCAUACUUAACCUGAAACUGUUCUUAACCUGAAGCACCACUUUAGCUAAUGGGGCCUCCCACUGCUGCUGCGCAGCCGGAGCACGAUUUCUGUUCUCAUCUUGAAGCAAAGUUCUUAAUGCGAGGUACUAUUUCAGGGUUAGUGGAGUUUGUAACCUGAAGCGUAUGUAACCCGAGGUACCACUGUAAAGGGACAGGGAAAGGGGUGGUCAAAAACAGGGGGCUGAAGCUUCCUAUGGAGAAAGGCUGUAGCUCAAUGGCAGAGCGUCUGCCUUGCAAGCAGAAGCUCCAAGGUUUGUUCAGUCCCCGCUGGCAUCUCCAGGUAGGUCUGGGAGAGACUCCCUGCCUGAAAUCUUGGAGUGGUGCUGCUAGUCAGUGUAGACAGUACUGAGCAAGAUGGACCAGUGGUCUGACUUGGAGUAAUGCAGCUUCCUAUGUUGAAAACCACAUAUUGCCCAGCCGUAGACAUCACUAUAUAAGGUUAUAGGUAAAAUGAUGGGGAAUCGGCGACACUCAGUAUUUUACUGGGUGACAACUACCACCAUUCCAGAUCUUUCUUGAUACUGGCUGUGACUGUUGGGAGUUAGAGUCUGACAGCUUCUGGGGGGCCACAGGUUCCCCUCUCUUGUCGAAGGACUUCCAGCAUGAAACAAUGACAGGCUUACAGGUAGACUAGCUUAUGCAGGGGCACUUAUAUAAGGUAAGGCUGUCAAGAGUGAAAAGGGGAUCUGAGAAGCGCCUUGUCACUAAAAAUGGAACUUAAUAAGUUAAAGAGGAACAGAGAGAACUAUGAGCCGGAAGUUGCAGAAGAGGUUCACUGACGUGAAAGCCGGAGUGGUAUUUAGGUAGAGGGUUAGAGCUGCCUUCAACCUGCUGCACUGUUAUUGGGGAUCAUCCCUGACGGUUAGGCUGGCUGGGGCUGAUGAAUCCAACAACAUCUGGAAGGCUGCUUUCAGCCCCAGCCAGCACAGCCAGUGGCCAAAAAUGAUGGGAUUUAUAACCCCAACAGGUUCCCUAUCCCUGCUUUAUUUUCUCCAAAUAUAAAGGUAAAGGGACCCCUAACCAUUAGGUCCAGUCGUGGCCGACUCUGGGGUUGCAGCGCUCAUCUCGCUUUAUUGGCCGAGGGAGCCAGCGUACAGCUUCCAGAUCAUGUGGCCAGCAUGAUUAAGCCGCUUCUGGCGAACCAGAGCAGCACAUGGAAACACUGUUUACCUUCCCGCCAGAGCAGUACCUAUUUAUCUACUUGCACUUUGACGUGCUUUCGAACUGCUAGGUUGGCAGGAGCUGGGACCGAGCAACAGGAGCUCACCCCGUCACGGGGAUCCGAACCACUGACCUUCUGAUCAGCAAGUCCUAGGCUUUGUGGUUUAACCCACAGCGCCACCCGCGUCCCUGCUCUGCAAAUAUACACCAUUGUUUUAUUUCAAUAUGGCCUGCACUGUAAACUCUGUUAUCUGCUUACCUACCAGCUUUUGAUCACCAAUUAAAAUAUGUGAAUGGUUACUAACUGCUUCUUUUCUGUCUUUAGUGUGCAAGUACGUGGCUUUGGAACUGAAAUCCUCCUUCGAUGAAACUGGCAAGACCAAGGAGGUGAUUGACACGAAGUACGGCUUUUUGGAUGGCAAGGGAUCCAAAAUCAAGUACACAAAAUCGUAAGUGAAUGAGGCUGUUGAUGGACCCUUGGAGGCAGCCAUUCUCCACCUUGUACAUUAUUGCAAUAUCUUGGUCAGUAAGUAAUUCAGAGAGGGUGUUAACUCUCCUGAAUCUUACUUUUGUCUGCCAGGAUAUAAAAUGCAAAAAAGGUCACACCCAUAAGUCACUUGCCAUCCAUUCCUGCAAGGAAGGAAGGUUUCAUAUUCCUUCUGCAGGAUUAAUUGAGCUCUUUGGCUGUGCAGUAUGCAAUUUAUAGGACUCCCCCAACAUGCAGGCAAAAAAAGUGACCUUUCAGUAAAGAUUGGACACCCUAAGUCCCAUCGAAAUUUGGUGGAACUAACAUACAUAAUUAGAUGCUUUAGGUCCUGUUCUUAUAUGUGCCUAGUUCGUAUUGUGUUUUGUGUUUCUAGUCCAUAGCUGUCAACUUUCAGAUUUGAAAAUAAGGGAUCAGCAGCCUCAAAAUAAGGGAUCAGCAUCCUCACCUGUCCCAGGGACAGUCUACGGGAUAUCUAACAAUCCAGGAUAGCAGCGGGAAACAGCGCUGGAAUAAGGGAAUUUUCCAUUAAAAAAAGGGAAGGUUGACAGCUAUGUUCUAGUCCUCAAUGUUAUAUUGUGUUUUGAAAAAGGUAGGACAGGUAACUCACAGAUUACAUGAGGUGAAGUCCCAGGGGUGUAUGCAUAUACACUGUCUAUUGACUGAGACUGUGGAAAGGGACAUUUUAAUGGUUUUGCUGGAAAGCUGCAUUCCAGAUUCAUAAGCUCUUACUAGCGAAGUCCCAUAACACAUGGAAUUUGAUCUCAAGCAGUAAAUUGUGAGUUGAUAAAGUGCUGAGGUACAUUCUACCAGCUGCUAUUUUAUACUUGUGUCAUUGGACACUCGUACAGAGAUCUUGCCACUCACUAAUACACUUUUUUUGCCUGCAGGGACAUUCGCCUUAUUGAAGUGACAGAAAACAUUUGCAAGAGGCUUUUGGAAUACAACCUGCACAAAGAGAGAACGGGAAGCAACAGAUUUGCAAAGGUUUGCAACGUCUCGGGAUUUCAUCUUGCUUCCAGAUUUUUUUUUUAAGAGCCGCUUUUCUGCUUUUCGUUUUCUUUGCCUGUCUUGGCUCUUCCAGGAUACACCUCUGAACUCUCUCACUUCCUUUUAGGGUAUGUCUGAGACCUUUGAAACACUCCAUAACUUGGUACACAAAGGAGUGAAGGUGGUGAUGGACAUCCCUUAUGAGCUGUGGAAUGAAACCUCUGCGGAAGUGGCCGAUCUAAAGAAGCAGGUACAGCCCUUGGCUUCACACUUUGUGAAGGCCACAUGACUGAUGGCGGCACAGCAGUUCCAAGUAACUGGAGCUCAUGGUUGGUCUCCUAGAGCACCUUCACCAAUUUGGUCUCUCUGGAUGUUUUGGACUACAAUUCCCAACAGCCCAAGGCAUCCGGGGAGCCCCAGAUGGGUGAAGGCUGUCCUGGAGGAUUCUCCUUUCGAACGGGAGAACUGAAAGCAAGAAUUCUGCAUCUAAUGCUGAAACCACUGGCCUGUCAAUCACAUUUCUAGGGUGUGUUCCAAAGGUACAUUUUCAUGGAUGUUGGUGGGGGUGGAAAACUAGUGCAUAACCUAGCUCAGGCAUCCCCCAACUUGGCCCUCUAGAUGUUUUGGGACUACAACUCCCGUCAUCCCUAGCUAUCAAGACCAGUAGUCAGGGAUGAUGGGAGCUGUAGUCCCAAAGCAUCUGGAGGGCCAAGUUGGGGGAUGCCUGACCUAGCUGAAGCAAGGCAGGUCUGGUGAUCCGUGGUUAGAUGAGAGACUGCCGGGGGAUCCUUUUCAUGCCACUUUGAAUUUGUAGAGUUGGAAGGGAGGGUCACCUGGUCCGAUCCCCCUGCAUUGCAGGACUCGGAGGUCAGGUGAGAUCUAAAUGUAAUGUGGCUUUGUCACAGCCAAGCCAGGGUUGCAGUGGCGAUGAAGCCAUGGCAAUGUGUGCAGACCUACUGGUGUGGUUGAAAACGCCACAAGUAGAUAUUUGAAGGAGAAUUUCUCUCUCUUUUUCUCUCUCUCUGUUAGUGUGAGGUAAUGGUGGAGGAAUUUGAAGAUGUGAUCGAAGACUGGUACCGGAACCACCAGGAGGAAGACAUUUCCCAGUUUCUCUGUGCAAAUCACGUCUUGAAAGGAAAAGACACCAGUGAGUUAUGUUUCCUGGGAAGUGGCAGGCCCUGUUAUUGGGGUCCAGGGAUAUGUGUAUGUGUACGGGCGGCGGCCAUUAUAGGCGUGUUCAAUUAACGUGUGGCCGCUGUGCAGAUCCUUUUGGAUGUGGAAGAGGGAGGAACGGGGGUUGGGGGUUGGGCAGACUGGGCUUACAUCUGCUCCGCCAUUGUGCAUGGGGGCCAGGAACGGAGCUCUGGUGCAAAAUCGCCACCACAGAACCAUCCAGAUGGUUUUCAGUCAGGAAUGGGGAAUAUCCGUCCCAGGUGUUGUUGGACUUCAACUCCCAUCAACCCCAGCCAUCAUGGCCAGCGGUCAGAAAUGAUGGGCAUUGUAGUCCUCACAUUAAUUUAUCACAUUUCUAACUUACCUGUAGUUCACGGAGCUUGGAGCAACUUGUUGCUUUCCUUCCCUUGUAUUUUUCUACCCUCAUAACAGCACAUUGAGAGCCGAGGGGUCGUGAUUGACCCAAGGCUAGCUUGUGAGGUGAGUGACUGAAAGCAACGAUUUUGUCCCAGGUUUUCUAUUCACCCAGUCAUAGUCAAUGUGCUGCCCUCCAGAUGCUGUUGGACUCCAAUUCCCAUCAUCCACCACCAUGUUGGCUGGGGCUGAUGGGAUCUGGAGUCCCCACAAAAACAAGUGAAUGAUACCACCAGGUGUACUAACUAGUAAUCUAAACCGAAUGGAAACUUCAUCUAAAUAAAUUAGGUGGCGACUGGAAUUGUGUGCUCAGGGAGAAGUGGAGGCAUUGCAAAAUCCCAUAGUCUCCUUUUCCCACCCCUCUCCUCUCUCCAGGCUGCCUGACAGAGAAGUGGGCUGGCAAGAAAGGGGACGUGGCAAGUUCAAGGCCGAAGAAGUCUAAGAAGAAGGAGGGCAAAGGCAAGAAGGCUUCGAAAAGCAAAAAGAGCAGCAAGGACAAAGCAGGGCAAGAAGGGGAGGGUGAGAAACCGAGUGUGCAAGAGGUCCCUGACCAAUCAGAGGAGCAGGAUGAAGCAAAGGAUGCUGGGAAGGAGGCUCCGCUCUCACACAGGCCGGACGAACUGUAGGCUAGGUGCCAGCCACCCAUGCUUUUCCUCGCGUGGACUCGCAAGCUUGUAUUCAGGCCACUGAGAAUUGCUUUCGCCCACCCGAGUUGCAAGAUGGAGAUUUCUCAGCUUCCUCGAGGGAGAAGUGCCAGGCUGUUCCUGACGGGCAAGGAUCGUGGCCUUUCGAACUUUAGCCACCCAGUGUUAUGGUGUCUCAUCGCAGGUGCAGGGUGGGCCGAACCCAGCUAGCCCCUUGCCUGCUAAGAGGAGCAAGCCAGGCAGAAGGAGGGCCUGAAGGACUGGCUCCCUAAGUCUGCGUGGCUGGUGUUCAAAAACUGAGCCCGCUGCUUUCAUCAGUUGACCCUCACCUCCACGAGCUUUGAUCUGCUAAACGCAACUGGGGGGCGGGUGGAAGGUAAGGAGAAAGUUGUAAGAGAUCCAGGUUGGGUUGCAAGGCAGCUCGCCUCUCCAGCCCAUUUGACUGAAGCCAUGAUAACCUCUCUAUAGCCAGCGUAGCAGGCUCUCAACUUGGUACAUUCCCUAAGUCGAUAUUUUGGAAAGACCUUCUUUUCAUCAUGCAGAUCACUGCGUUUGCUUGGAGGGAAAUAAGGGCGAAGGUACUAUUCAUGUAAGGCCACUGUGCUUCUGUUGCGAUAUCUUUUUGUUGGUUUGUUUUGUUUUUGAAUUACUCCUCACCUUAAUGGAUCAUUUCCUGCAGUUGCUCCAAGUCAGGAGAGAACUUGCAGGUUGAUGAAGUGUUUCUCUUGUCUCCCCUCCCUUAGAAACAUGUGCUUUCUGUUGCUGCGAUGACCAUUCUUCCUGUUUCCUGAAGUCCUGCAAAGAGUGAAAAUAAAAGAGUUUUUGAGUAAUUUGUGCUCCAUCCGGCCCUUCCAUUGGCUUUCUUUCCCCGCACUGCUAUAUGAAUGAUAUUUACCUUUGUGAAUCUUUUGAGGAAAAAGGUUGCAAUACAGUCAUAAUAACCUUUGUUUCGCCCUUGGAAAAUACAUAGAGCAGAAGGAGGAAGUUGGAAGAGUGAUGCUUUAUUCCCUUUUCAGCUGUGUGAUCUUUUCAAGGCUCAAGUUAAUUCUGCUGGAACCAGGUUCUGGGAAAGUGAUCUAUUCUGGGGAGCCAGACUGAUCCAGUGAAGAAGGAACCGACGGGCGCAUGUGUGUCUGCAGCGCUUGCUCAAAAAUCCUAAAAGGUUGGCUUCCCCUGGUGUAGAUGGCCACUCUGUGAGAGGGACCAGUGGUCUGACUCCAUAUAAAGCAGUUUCUUACAUUCCUUGGCUGGGUAAGUAGACCAGCAGCUGGCAGUCUCAGGGCUUUUUAAAGGGCAACUCAGUCCAUUCUCAUUUUUGUCAGAGCUUUUUAAAGAGAUAGGCACUGUCCCCAGCAAAUACCUGCCAGUCCUAAAAGUUGGACGUUCAGUUAAAGGUCAUUUUCUGUGUUGAAUACUUAGGAGAGCUUUCCUGCAAUUCACCAUGUGCUUCCUCUUCUGCACUUCCUCUUAAGCAAACAGCCUUUCCUGUCCUAUAUGUCUUUUGUCCAUAUACCUGGAGCGUUAAACCACAGAGCCUAGGACUUGCUGAUCAGAAGGUCGGUGGUUCGAAUCCCCGCAACGGGGUGAACUCCCAUUGCUUGGUCCCUGCUCCUGCCAACCUAGCAGUUUGAAAGCGCGCCAAAGUGCAAGUAGAUAAAUAGCGGGAAGCUAAACGGCGUUUCCGUGUGCUGCUCUGGUUCGCCAGAAGCGGCUUAGUCAUGCUGGCCACAUGACCCAGAAGCUGUAUGCCGGCUCCCUCGGCCAAUAAAACGAGAUGAGCGCCACAACCCCAGAGUCGGCCACAACUGGACCUAAUGAUCAGGGGUACCUUUACCUUUAUUGCAGAAGUGUAUGAUUACGGCUUGGACAUACAAGGUGCUGAAUUUUGCAGUCACAGUUCUUUUUUAAAGUUCUAUUCAUGGUUUUUAAUUAUAACAAAUAAACAUUUCAGCAAAAGAAAAGAAAAGAAUUUUUAUAUCUUAAAUCUCCCACUUCCCUCCCUCCCUCUCCUUCUGCGGUUCCAUAAAUUUGUUCUCUUUCUUUUUCCCUGCAUAUCCCAGUUAACUAUUUAUUCUUUUUUCUCAUCUAUUUCCUAAAUGUUUUAGAAACUGCAAGUUUUUAUAAUUGCAGUCACAUUUAUGACAUAAUGUGAGUCCCAUGCCACCUACCAGCUAUGGAUCAGAGGCAGGAGGGAGCAGUCUGGGUUUUUUUUUUAAAGUCCUCUAAUGUUUAUUAUUUCUUUAUUUAGAUUUGUAUGCUGCUUUUUGAUAUAAGCAAUGCUCUAAGUGACUACAAAAAGAACGACAAAAAAGGAAACCAACACAUCAUUAUGGUGGCAAAUAAUCACUUCAAAACAUAACACGGCAAUCCAGCAAAUAACUCUCUAAUCAUAUGAAUGUAAAACAAAUCCAUGUGCCCUUUCGUAAGGAGGGAUACAGGAAUUCGUUGUUAAAAUCAGCCAACUUUCUGAACUAGGGCCAGGGUCUUUUCAGUACUCGCCCCAACUUGGUGGAACGCUCUGUCACAAGAGACUAGGGCCCUGCGGGACUUGACAUCUUUCCGCAGGGCCUGCAAGACAGAGCUGUUCCACCUGGCCUUUGGUUUGGACUCAGUCUGAAACCUUAUGUUUUCCCUCCCCGUACAGUUUUGAUCCAUGCACUACUUUUAAGAUGCGGCUGCAUUUUAAAUUGCAUUUUAACCUGUAUUUUAAAUUGUGUGUCCCCCCCCAUUAUAUUUUUAUUGUAAUUUUAUUGGUGUUAGCCGCCCUGAGCCCAGCUCUGGCCAGGGAGGGCGGGG